AUGAACCGGCUGCUGCAGCACUUCGUCGACUCGGGCGGGUCCCAGGGCCCCCGAGCGGCGCGGCCGCCCAUCCCGGCGCCUCCACAGUCGUCUGGGGGCUCCUAUCAUGCUGGCAACCGUGGAUCGUAUCAACGCGCGGCGCCCGGCGGUCCGUUCUACUACCAACCACCUCAGCCUCCCAGCGGAUUUGAGGAAAUCCCGCUCACGUCGCAGUCCACUGGAGCCAUGUACGAGACCGUGGACCUCAACGCCGAUAGCAGCCAACAGCCGUGGGGUCGUGGACCACCUAGCAGUAGAGAGGGAAACAGACAGCAGACACCAGGCUCAGCCUCUGAGCUGUUCGCUAGCGGCCCACCUCCGGCCCAGAAGUUGUCCGGAGACAACCCGUACAGGCGCCAGUCGAAUUCUACAACCAGCCCCUUUAAACCCGCUACGGGGAAUGCAGCCAUGUUCGGGAAUGCUACAACGCCUCCAAAGGACCCGUUUGCUGCUUCGCCGACCCAAAAUGGAGGAGCCAUGUUUGGACACGCGCCUCAGAAGGACCCAUUCGCUGCACAGGAGAACAGAAAUGUGUUUGGCAAUGGAGCAGCCCACGACCCAUUCGCUGUUCAACCUCCUAAAGGCAAUGGCUACCAACAGCAACAGCAGCAGCAGCAGCAGCAGCAACAGCAACAGGCACCGCAACAGCAACCAAGCGCACCAGUGGACCCAUUUGCUUCGUCUUCUCAUCCCGGUAGCAGUUCAUUUCACUCUCCUGCCCCACCCAAUAAUGGAUACCAAACUGCUGACAGCUUAUUCGCGUCUCCUGCACCCACAAACAACGGAAAUUGGGCACAAUCUACACAGCCUCAGCCUGUUCAAGCACAAGAAUUAUUUGCCAGCGAACCUUCAAGUGCCAGCAGUUUAUUUGGUGGAGAGGCACCGUCUCCCUUCCAGGCUACGCUACCCAAGCCCCAGAAUCAUGUGUCGCCCUCUCCGCCUAAACCUCAGCAUCAAGUCCCUCCUUCACCAGCGAAAUCUCAGACCAACAUUCCUCCUUCGCCUAUGAAGCCACCUGUAGCAUCACCGCCCUCGCCAAUGAUUAACGCCUCAUCUCCUAAACUGAAGCCUCAAAUGCCCGUCCCGGCGUCGCCAGUGAUGAAGCCUGAGGACCAUCUAGCAUCUGCUUUCGGGUCGAUGAAAAUGGCUGCACCCGCAAAGUCCCCACUGAAGCCUGGACUGGACGUCCGAAACAUGAAGUUCCCUACUGGCAAACGUGAGGAUGAUGCCAUGUCCAAUGCUCCUAGUAUUGCGCCAAGUCGGAUGUCGAUGCUGUCAACGCUGGACGACUCGUUAAAGCUCUCGGACAUGUACAAGCAAAUGACUGCGCGCCUGGAAGGAGAGAAGCAGGAUUUGCUUAAAGUUGUGGCGAGUCAGGCGCAAGAGAUCGCUCAAAUGAAGAAACACAUCAAGUCUUUAGAGCUGCAACUCAAGAAAUACCGACCUCAAGAUGCAUAGCUUCAAGACCCUAGGGAAUAAAGACGAUGGCCAAGCAGAAAGCGAGCUUUUGUGUAGAGAAUGGAUGUUUUUUUGAUAAAUACUUGUUUUGUCAUUAGAAUGACCCAAAUGUUCUC